CGUUAAUGUCUACAAAAAUAACAAUCUAUGGUAUAAUAAAUCAUGAAGACUCUGAUCUUUUCGAGAGUGCAGGAUCAUUAACAUUAAGAACACCUAGGAAUGUUCCGAAUUUCAAUGAAACCACUUAAUUAACAAUUCCAGGUUACGUCAAAUAAAUAUGUGCAGGUCAAUCUCAUAUAUUGGCUUUAACAUAAGAUGGAAAUGUAUAUAGUUAUGGAUCAAAUUAAUUUGGAUAAAGAGGUUCAAUAGGACCAGGAUUUCAAUUAGUAAUGAAGAAUGUCCUAUAGAUAGCAGUAGGUUUAUAUCAUUCAGUAGCAGUUACUAAAGAUAAUAGAAUAUAUGUUUGGGGAAGAGGAACAGAAGGUUAAUUAGGAUUAGGAGAUACAGAAAACUUAGAAAAACCAACAGAACUUAAUAUUUAAGGUUAAGAAGUAUGUUGUGGUAGUUUUCAUACACUUGUAAGAAAUGGAGAAACUUGUUAUGCUAUGGGAGAAAAUUAAAAUGGAUAAUUAGGAGUAUUAGGAUAACAUAUAACACCAGUGAAAUUAGAUAUUCCUGUUGAUUAAAUGGCAGCAGGUUUAGAUCAUUCUUUAUUUUUAUAUUAAGGAUAAGUAAAUAUUAAGUUUUUAAUUUUAGGUAUUUGUAACAGGAAAUAAUUUAUUUGGAUAAUGUGGAGUAUCUGAUUAAGUAGUUAGAGAACCAGUUAAAUUAUAAUUAAAUUUUGAUGUAUAAUAAGUUAUUGCAUCUAUGGGUACAUUUAGUUGUGCAAUAAGUAAAUAAGGUAAAGUAUAUUUUUGGGGAACUGGAAGUUGGGGUUAUGCUAGAAAAUGUACUCCAUUAGAAGAUUUAUGUAAAUUAGAAGAAGGAUAAAAAGUAUCUUAAGUUAUUUCUGGAGAAAACUUUGCGAUGUUAAAAUGUUAAGAUGGAUGGUAUGUUUUUGGAAUGAAUAAAAUGCCUGAAAAUUAUUCAUAAUAAUAAACACAUAGAAUUUAAUUAAACAAAGUCAAUUUAGUUGAUGGAUAAAUCUGUGCAGGUCCUAAUAUUGUUUUUGUCUAUUCCCUUAAUUAUGAAGUACAAAAAACUAUAUAAUAAAUGUCUGUUGAUUAAGGCUCUUAUGUAUCAUAAUCAUCAGAAUAAGAUUAUAAAUAAAGAUCAAGUUAUAAAUAAAAUACUGAAUCGAGACAGUCUCAUUUAUUAACAUAAUCUGUUUCCUAUUAACCAACUAGUGCUAUGAAAUCUUCAUAAAUUCCACCUUCUGCUUUAAGAUAAUCUUAAUAAGUUACAAAUAUAUCAUAAUUUUCUAAUUCAGUUAAUUCCUCCUCAUAAUAUUCAAAUGAAUAUUAGUCUAAUAAAAUUGAUACUAAAUAAGGAAAAGAUUAUAAGCUUAGUGAUUUACUUUAUAGAUCUGAUCAUAAAUAAGAUAUUCGAUAAGAACUUAAAUUAGAUCUUAAAUAAUCUGAAUAAAAAGUUAAAACAGAAUCUAAAACUCCUGAUAAUAGAAAUGAUCUAAAAUAAAAUGAUAGAAAAUCUGAUUAUAAACAAACAGCCAAAGAAGAUGAAUUAAAAAAUGAGUUAAAAUAGGAAUUGAUGAAAUUAGAAAAAAGACAAGAAUAAUUCAAAUAAGAAAUUAUUAAUUAAUAAUAAUAAUUAGAUAAAAAAAAUGAAAAUUUAAAAGAAAUUACAUUUGGUUUUAAAUCUGAACUCAAACCUCUUUAAGAAAGAAAUAUUACAUAAUAUCCUUAAAAAUGUUAUGAUUGUUAACAUUUUGUUUAAAAAAAUGAAUACUAUCAAAAACAUAUUAAAUUUUAAGAAGAAGAAAUAUCUAAUAUAAAAAAAGAAUUAGAAAUCUUGAAAAACUAAUUAAGAUAAAAAGAUAAUUAUGUCAAUGAAUUAGAAAAUAGAAUCUUAAAAUAUUAAGAAACUAAUUUUAAAUAAGUUAAUUUACAAUCUUAAUAAUAAUAACCUUCCAUUUACAAACCAACUAUGGAAGUAAGAUUAAAAAGUGAAGAAAAAUAGCCUGUUGUUAGGGAAGAUACAUAAAUAAAUUAUUAAAAAAUUAUUGAUUACUCACCUAAAAUCUAUAGAUAAGCGAUUAUUGAAUAAUCACCUAAAGAACGAACUUUUAAUACAAGUAUAAUCGAUAAAAUACAAACCUAUUAAUAAUCUGCAAAAGCAACGAGACCAGUUCACUAAAAUUUAAUGAAUAGAUAUUCUGCUCAUGAAGUUCAACCCUAACAAAUCUAUCAGCCUAAUACUUAUGUAAUUCCUUAGUAUUUCAAAGCCAGAAAUUGA